AUGCGCGGCAUCACCAAGAUGUCGUCCACUUGGGUUGGAGCAAUGGCCCCGCUGAACGAUCUGUACGAGAAUCUUUGUCCCUCCGGAACUUCUGGACCCACAAUAGGCUUGAGGUCCUUGUCCCUCUCGUUUUUGGCCACUCUAAUGAACACAGCAUCCUUCAACUCGUUCAUGUACUCAAACAGCGUGUCGGUGAAGAUCGAUGGACCGGUGAACUGGAUCAGAGGCUCGCCGUUGGCGUCGACGUUGUCAAACACCUCGUCCCAGUUGGUCUCCUUCACUAGGUCCUGCUGA